AGUUUAUUUAUUCAGCUAAACCGAAACAACUUCAGUCGCGUCGCUGGACGCGUUCCUAUAGAGCGUGUUUUACUUUUUUUUUUACAAAUUUAAUUACCUUUUGCGUAUUAAUCAAACAAAACUUAAUCCAGUUUUAGCAUAGUUGUGCUCUCUAUUAAACUCAUUAAUUCAUCUUUUCUAGUCUUUGAAUUAGUUUAGCAACAUAAAGUUAGGUUAUGUUAUGAUUGUGUGGUAACUAAAAUAAAUAUACCUAAUUUUUCAGGAUAUUUGCAGUGAUAAGCUCUGUACAUUUUUUCCAGAAAAUGGAACGAGGUGGCAGAAAAGUCCAGUAUCUCAUUGUAGCAGCUGUAUCACUUGCCACUGUUACAAUGGGGGUGUCUUCGGCGUGGCCAACCCCUGUUUUAGUCAAGUUCCACAACAAUGAGACUGACAUUCGUGUAAAUGAGUCUCAAAUGUCUUGGAUGCUCGCCCUAUCUGCUCCUGGGUUUAUAGUGGGUAGCUUGAUGACAGGGUUUAUCUGCGAACGGUUCGGAAGAAGAAGUUGUGUGCUGUUCAGUGCCUUACCUAUAUCUACGGGAACGGUGAUAGUGGCUUUCUCCGUAAAUGUAUGGUUACUCUACAUAACGCGAUUUUUAUGGGGCUUCGGAACAGGAAUGAUUAGUACUGUAGCAAACAUGUACAUAGCUGAAAUAGCUGACAAAGAAAUUCGGGGCGAAUUAUCAAUAGCUACCAAGUUUAUGUUCAAUUUCGGUAACCUCCUAGUGAUGGUGAUAGGCCACUACGUCUCCUACACGACCUUAAACUACAUGAUGUUGGUGCUACCACUCGGCUACUUCUUCGCCUGCUGCUGGAUACCGGAGACACCGUAUUUUUACCUGAAGGAGGGGAAGGUCACUGAAGCUAAGAAAGUACUGAUGAUGCUUCGAAACUAUGAGGAUAAAGAAGUGAUAGUGGCUUUCUCCGUAAAUGUAUGGUUACUCUACAUAACGCGAUUUUUAUGGGGCUUCGGAACAGGAAUGAUUAGUACUGUAGCAAACAUGUACAUAGCUGAAAUAGCUGACAAAGACAUUCGGGGCGAAUUAUCAAUAGCUACCAAGUUUACGUUCAAUUUCGGUAACCUCCUAGUGAUGGUGAUAGGCCACUACGUCUCCUACACGACCUUGAACUACAUGAUGUUGGUGCUACCACUCGGCUACUUCUUCGCGUGCUGCUGGAUACCGGAGACACCGUAUUUUUACCUAAAAGAGAGAAAAAUCACUAAAGCUAAGAAAGUACUGAUGAUGCUUCGAAAAUAUAAGGAAGAAAAGAACCUUGAGAAUGAUCUUAGGUCAUUACAAGCAGAUGUUAAAAACGAAAUGCGCCGAUCUGGCUCCAUAGCUGAGCUCGUCUCAGGAAAACAAUACCGCAAGGCUAUUCUUAUCUCAAUUGGAUUAAAACUGGCGCUGAUACUGGCUGGAGGAAUAACUACCCGCAAUUAUUUGAAUCGUAUCAUGCAAGAUAGGAAUUGGAUUCUUGGAAUUGAUUUCGUACUUAUAGCUUUUGGAGUAAUCAAUUUUAUUUUUGGCAUUAUGUCGUCGUUACUGUCUGACAGGGUUGGGCGACGACCUUUGCUCAUUUACUCAUUUCUUGGAACUGGAAUCUUAUUGGGGCUUGUGGCGGCCUACUUCUUCUGCCAGGAAGUCUUACUAAUCGAACGCCAAACCCUACGUCAAUACUCCUGGAUCCCUUUCGUGGGCAUUAUCUUAUCUACAAUUAUUUCAACGCUAGGUUACAAUUCCUUAGCGUUCCUCAUUCCAGCUGAAAUGUUCCUAUUAAAUGUGAAAUCUACGGCGCUAACCUGGCUCAAUGUGUUUGGAGGUAUAUUAGGAUUUGGUGUGGCAAAGGGGUAUCAGGAAAUUGAAAACGUGUCCGGGUUGUUCGGAGUUUUCACUCUUUUAAGCGGCGUUGCCAUCGCUGGAACUAUAUUUUCUUACGUUCUAGUACCAGAAACUAAAGGGAAGAGUUUAAAAGAAAUAAGACAGUUGCUGCAAGGUGACUUGUAUGACAGCAAUAACAACGAAAAUUUAAACCAUAUUGUCGUAGAAGGCAUUGAUGAUGAAGCAAUGAAGCCACUGAACUGAAAGAAAGGAUUAAGAAGAAUUAGUUGCCUGUCUCAAUAGAGAUCAGAAUACCUACCUAUGUAAUUGCAUUAUUUCGUAUUCCCGUUGUGGUACAAAUUGUGACAUUUACAUAGGUUUUAUGUUUUAGUUCGAUGUAUUGUUAUCAUGAGUUGAGCUUUGUAUAAUCGCUAAAGUCUGUACUAGAAGAAGUAUGUAGUAAGAAACUUCGUAUUGAUAUUUUUAUGGAAAUCAGAAGUUUAUCAACUGUCCUCCAAGGGCACUUUUAAUUAUCAAAGACGCCAGCGACUAUAGCAAACAAAACUCAUGAAACCUAGCCACACUAAAUUUAGUAAAUAUAUUUAGUUAAGUACCUUUUUUACUUUUGUAAAAUAUAUUAAACAAAAACAUUAAGUAUCUAAUAAAUACUUAAAAAAAUGACUUUGUACUUAUAAGCCUGCUAAGCAUCGUCGGCAAAUUGUAUACUAAGGUAUUGAUUAAUAGUGUCAGGCAUGAAACUGAUGACAAAAUAUGGGAUGCUCAAGCGGGAUUUCGAAAGGGAAUGAGAUGUACGGAUCAGGUCUUUUCAUUGCGGUUCAUAGCCGAAAAGUUUUUGGCCAAGGGUCAAAGAGUCUAUUGCUCAUUUGUGCAUCUCGAAAAGGCCUAUGACAGAGUAGAGAGGAAUGAAUUGUAGUCAGUACUUUCUAUGCAUGGGGUGAGCAGUGCCUUGAUAUGUACUGAAAUCUUCAUAUCAAUGUGUGUCAGAAUCGCGAGUGUACUUCACGGAUUUAAAUAUCUGUUUUGGAUUAGAAACGUACUUGAUGUGUACCUCAGUGUACCUAUCCUAAAAAUCUGUAUACCUCCUAUGUAAAGAUUUUUAAAUAAAAUAGGUAGGUACAUCCGCCAUCCUGACGUCAGGACCGCGGGUGUACUUCUAGUUAGCAUAUGUAGGUAAGUAAACUGUACAUGUAGAUUUGGUACCUCUUGUGUACCUGCAGAAACAAAUAUUAAAUAAAUAAAAAAUAUUAAGGGUGCUGAGAAAAUGAAAAUUAAAAGUUUAUUUCUUUGACGUUGUUUUUAGGGUUCCGUACCCAAAGUAUAAAACGGGACCCUAUUACUAAGCUUCCACUGGCUGUAUCUCAUAAACCGUUAUAGCUAGAGAGCUGAAAUUUUCACAAAUAAUGUAUUUCUGUUGCCGCUAUGGCAACAAAUACUAAAAUUUAAAAAAAAUAAAAUAUCAAUGGGUGUCCCCAUACGUCGUCCUCAUAUCGUUUCUGCAGUAAAUAAUGUUUAAAAAUAGUAAAUCAACAAAGUUCUGCGAUAUGAUGACAAUAAUUGGUGAAAUAUAGUCUAAAUUUCGUGAUACAGUGUUAUCUAAAAGAAAUAUGAACUGUGAUGAACAAUAAAAGUGACCGAAAUAGUGAACAAUUAUCUGGAUUUAACUUUGUGGUGAACAUCAAGAUAAGUAUUAAUCUAUGUCCUUUUAAUAGACAAUGUUUAUCCUGAUUAAUUAUAACUGACAUCAAAGUUUUUAUAGUUAAUUAGGUACAAAACUAACCAAAAUGUGUCGUUAAAAUUUUAAGUUUAAGUAAACAAAGUGAAUGAACUAAUCAAAACACUCCUAAUUACGUCAACAAGCACUUAAAAGUCAUAACAUUAACGCUAUCUAUGGAAGAAAACAAAAAGAGAAAUAGAUUUGGCGUACCUCAAGGAAGUGUUCUGGGGCCUUUACUUUUCCUUAUUUAUAUUAAUGACUUCCCUAAGUACGUAAGGCAAAAAAUGAUUUUAUUUGCAGAUGACAGCACAGCUAUAAUUAAAUGUUACAAUAUUAACGAAUAUGAAAUGGACAUUAAUAAUACUUUUCGUGACAUAAUAACAAUGGUUGGACAUUAAUAAUUUAAAAAAUAAAUUAUCAAAAACUAAAUAAAAAACUACCGCCCACCCUGCAUAUAACAUAUAACAAUCAAGACAUAGAUGAAGUACAGACAACAAAAUUUCUUGGUUUGAUUAUUGACAGUAAUCUAAAGUGGAAAGCUCAAAUCGAACAAAUCUGCAAAAAAUUAAGUACAUCAGCCAUUGACGUACUAUAAACAACUAGACUCACAAUCCCGCUAAAAAAGUGUCCUCGGCAAAAUUCUACUCAACGCUCAAGUGAGUAAAGUUCUCGGCUAGUCUCGUUUCGUCCGUCCACGAGUGACAACGUCGCACAAUAGCGAAGUGCUCUGUUAAAAAGUGUGAAAAUUGUCCAAGAAUUGCGCUCAAAAGGAUGGCGUUUCCUAUUUCAUUUAAGUACAAUUCAGUUUUAAAGUAAUCUCACUUAAUAGUAUAAGUUAGCUGUUGGUUUUCUAUCAAAUCAUUUUAUAAAAUAUUUAAAACUUAACGGUACUCGGCAUUUAGCACUAUCCGCGCCUAUCUCUUUCUUGCGGUCAACAAAUAUUAAAGAGUAAACGAAACAAAUAUAGUUUUGUCGCCGCGCUUCAUGAUCCUCGCCUAGGAACAUAAAGUUGUGGAGUCGCUUUGUUUUAUUUUUUAUGUUUGUGAUUUAGUUCGGUUGAUUAAUUAUUUAAUGAGGUGAAUGGAAAUAUGUAAUGUUAUCUGAAAAUGGUACCUGUUAAAACGAUUUAGUAAAAUUUGGUAAGGGGGUGAUACUACAUCAAUUACACGACUAUCUAGUAAAUUCUAAUCACAUGCCAACGAAGUCGCAAGUAAAACCUUACAGAAUAACAUAGGUACAAUUUACGUGUAUUUCAGUUUUCCGCAGAACGUCAUAAUAAGGAAUGAAUGGAUUUCUAUUAUAGCAGAGACCGAGGUGAAGAGUUUUUUAAGCCACAAAAAGGAGCCGUCGUAUGUUCUGAACACUUUCUUCCAUCAGACAUCCAUACGACAGACAGGGUUGUAAUUAUUCUGUAAACCAAAUCACGUCGAAACCUGUUCAGUAGAAUUUGCGUGAUUGAGUAACAAACAUCCUCACAUACUUACAAACAAACAUCUAAAAAUACAUUUUCCAGAUUGACCAAACCGGGGAUCGAACCCGAGACCUCCGACUUGGCAGUCAGGCAAGAUGAUCAUUAGGCCACAGAAGUUGACAAAAAACAAAAGAACUACCUUUAAAGUAAAUAAUAAACUACUUACAUCCAAAUCAACACAUAAUCACAGACAUUCAAACACUCAUACACCCAAACAAACUCCUUCUAAUAUCCAAUAGACAAUUUUUAUUGCAACGCAUUUCGUAUCAAAAUGUUACAGUGUGUGAAGGUACAAUUUUUAAAAUAACAGAGCCACUCUACUAGCCUCUUUGUUCGAAAUGAAACAUUGAGUUAAUACCAUGUCACACCAAACUACGUUUUUUAGGGAUUGCGUGCCUUAUUGAAAAACAUGUAAGGUAAAAUUUUAUAUACACUUGUUUUUGGACAUAGGACUUUGUCAAAUAGUCGAAGUAAUAUGCGUAAUAAUAAUUACGUAUUGAGGUGAGGACGAUAUUUUGUUUUAUUUUGCUCGGAACUGUUUAUCUUCUAGUUGUUUAUAGUUGAUCGAAGACAUCAGCUUACGCUUUCUUUCAGUUAUCAAAAAAAGUAAAAAUGGAGGUUAUUCUAGUAGCUUAUCAUGGUCUAGUUACACCUCACUUAAAAUAUGGUGUGAUAUUUUGGGGUAACUCACAAGAGAAUGACAAAGUCUUUAAAGCCCAAAAAAGAUGUUUAAGAUCUAUGUGUGGAUUAAAAUCGAGAGAUAGCUGCAAACCUGUAUUUAGAACACUGAAGCUACUGACAUUAUCAUGCAUUUAUAUUAUGGAAAUGUGCAUGUUUGUAAAAUCAAACCCACAUUUGUUUUUGAGAAAAUUACUAGAAGCAACAAUAUAAGACGGCAAUAUAAAUAUAAACUUGUAGUAUUAGGACAUAAAACUGCAAUGAUGAAUAAAAGUGUAGUUGGAAUGGCUCCCAUUGUUUAUAAUAAACUACCAGAUCGUGUUAAAGAUUUAAAGAUGGCAUUUAAGAAAGAAUUAAAAUUAAUUUUGACAGAUAAAUGUUAUAAUACUUUAAAAUAAUUUUUAGAAGAUUGACAUGAUGUUAUUUUGUAAUUAAUUUUCAUUGCAAAUUUUAUAGUAAUUAGUUUUAUUUUAUAUAAUUUACUUGAAUUCGAAUGUAUAGCUGAAUUUAUUGUAAAAUUAGUUGGAUAUCUUGAUUGACCCUGAACUGAAAUUAUUGUACGUCAAUUUAUGACAGGUCACAGCUAGUACUUAUUA